AUGUAUGAGCAAGAGAUUGAGCAAGAGAACGGGAAUGUGAUCAUCAGACUUCAGACUGAGUUGAAGCAAUUCACUCUCCAGAAGGCCACACUGGUGGAGGAAUCCUACCAGUGCAUCAUCAAACUGGAAGAGAUUGCUUUGAAGUCCCUCUCUCUGUCCACUGCUCUGCAUCUUGGUUUCCUGAUUGACAAGAUGAAGGAGACAGGAAACACAGAGAAGGUUCAGAAACUGGAGGAGAUGAAGAAGAGAGCUGAGGAACAAAAGGGAGCUUUCGAUUACUUUAAAGCAGGUGUCGUAGGCAAGAUCAAGGAUAGCAGGGUUCGGUACACAAAUCGGGUUCUCAGUAGGUCCAGGUCCAAAUGCCAACAGAAACAGUGCAAAUUCAUUUGCCCUGCAUCACGCAAAGAUGGUGAAACGUGUGGUGCCGAGUGGUCUUACACAGAAGUGCGUAAGCUGGUUCUUCUGACUCCUGAGGAGAUGAAGAAAUUUGAGGAGACAAUGACCGACUUGAUUUCAGCCCAGAACUCUUACAAAUCGUGUCCAGGCUGUAACUCAUAUGUUGCAAGGGCUGACCUCUCCAACCUGAGAGUCCACUGCACAGUGUGCUCAGCAGAAAAAGGCCAGCUGUACGAGUUCUGCUGGCAGUGCCUGCAGCAGUGGAAAGGUUCCCAAUGGUGUUCUGACAGCUGUGACAACGAUGACUGCAUGACUGAUCUGGAACUGCUGAAGACCUGCCCUACUGUCACAUUUUCUGUUGUCCAGGGGGUCACCGGCUGCCCAUCCACACGUGCCUGUCCCACCUGUGGUGUAUUGGUAGAACACGAUAAGACUGGCUGUAAAAAUAUAGAAUGCAAGAAUUGCAAUAAAGAGUUCUGUUUUGUUUGCCUUAAGCUCACAACUGAGUGCUUGAAGACCAGCAAAUACUUCUUAGGCUGCUCUGCUGGUGUGGCCCCCAGGCAGACCUCUAUACCCUCAUGGAGUGGUACAUAA